ACUACUACAAUGACUACACAGUUUGAUUUAAAGAAUCAGUUAGAAUUUUAUUUCUCUAGGCAGAAUUUGAUCAAUGAUACAUACUUAGUAUCACAAAUGGAUUCUGAGUUAUAUGUACCAAUCUCACUUGUUGCAAAUUUUACACGUAUUCGUGAACAUACAACAGAUAUGAGUCUGAUCAUAAAGACAUUAAAGAGCUCUUCAGCAGUCAUUGUGGAUGAGACAGAAACAAAAGUAAAGCCUAAUAUAUCAUUAAAACGAAAUACUGUUAUUUUAAGAGAUGUACCUGAGUGUACAGAAGAAGAAAUAAACGAAUUAUUAAGAGAGUUGGAUUCACCACUUGUUCAAUCUAUAAAACAAGAUAUUGGUAACAUGUGGUACUUUACAUUUGAGACAGAGGAAGAUGCCUUGAAGUUAUUAUUAAGUGUUAGAGGUAAAACGUUUAAAGGACAAGAUAUUGCUGCUAGAAUGAAAUCUGAACCCAUAUUAAGAAUAAAGACAAAUAGCGACAACUUGCCAGGCGAUAAUAUUAGUAUUUAUAUCACUUCUCCUUAUAAUAAAUCGACAAAUAAUAAACUAUCUUUAAAGACCAAUAUGAAUACUACGAUAACAGAGGAUUCUAAAAAUAAUCAUCAUGUACUAUCAAAAGACAAAGUAGACUCCACAUUAUAUGAGAAACCAUCUGCAUUUCCUAUAUUUGAUACCCCAUCAUUACCACCUCUCUAUAUGGGAUACUAUUAUCAUCCUUCUUCAAUAACAUCAGUACCAAAUACCUUUUAUCCUUCUUCUACUAACAAUAAAUACACACAAGUAACAAGAUCUACUUACAAAAGAUACAAUAGUCAUCCCAAGGGAAAUGAUAGAAAAUCAUUGCGUAAUACAAAUAAUAGACAGCAAAAAUCAAGAUCUGAAUUGAGUAGUGGUUCUUCAGUAUCAUCUAUCACACUAUUAGAAAAUAAUUUUACUCAAUUAUCCAUUUCUGAAGUAGAGCAGAUUCCUCGAAAGCAAUCGACUCAUCAUUAUUCAUUACGACAGCCUUUAUAUCGAAACCAUAGUCAUCAUAAAAUACAUAAUGAACAACAAGAUACAAAUAAGAAUAAUAAACAAGAAAAGAAUCGUAAUAAUAAGUUCGAUUCGACAGAACAUCGUUAUCUUCAUAAAAAGAAAAAAGAACCUACAACAAGGAAAUCUUACUCAACAAACGCAAUUAGUAUAAAACAAGAAGUAAUGAAAGCUUAUUAAAAACCGAAGAAGAUCUAUCAGCUCUUUGUCAAAAAGUUCAAAUUUUAAAAAAGUCAUUCAGUUAUGCGGAUAUGCUCAAGAAAACAGAACCAAACAAAAACAAUACAUAAAAUAUGUAUCUUUUCUUUUUU